CUGUUAUCGGAAGUAUCGACAUUUCGGUAUCGAUUCGCACAUCACUAAAACAAAGCUGCAUGACUGACUGACUGCCUGACUUAAAGCCUACGCACAGUGCACAAAGAGUCACGUCCAGGUGUGACUAUGGGGAAGUCUCUUUCCCACCUCGCUAAGCAUGCAGGUCAUGACGACAGCCCGGACAGCAUGACCUCUCCUCUGGAGGACGCCCAGAAUGAGGAUGGCAAGGGUGGUGACGUCUCCCAGUUUCCUUACGUGGAAUUCACAGGACGGGACAGCGUGACGUGCCCCACUUGUCAGGGCACUGGGAGAAUCCCCAGAGGACAGGAAAAUCAACUGGUGGCACUGAUUCCCUACAGUGACCAAAGGCUGCGGCCCAGAAGGACGAAGCUGUACGUUACAGCAUCAGUCGUGGUUUGCCUGUUGCUGUCCAGUCUGGCUGUCUUCUUCCUCUUCCCUCGCUCCAUUGAUGUGUCCUACGUUGGGGUGAAGUCUGUUUUCGUCAACUAUGACCAAGAAAAGCGCAGCGUGUACCUCAACAUCACGAACACUCUCAACAUCACCAACAACAACUAUUAUGCGGUGGAGGUGGCCAACAUCACAGCUCAGGUGCAGUUUGCCAAAACAGUGAUCGGUAAAUCUCGCAUCAGUAACAUCACUGCCAUCAGUCCUCUGGACAUGAAACAGAUUGAUUAUAUGGUGCCCACCAUCAUUGCAGAUGAGAUGAGCUACAUGUACGACUACUGCACUCUGCAGACCAUUAAAGUCCACAACAUUGUCGUCAUGAUGCAAGUGACCGUCACCACCACGUACUUUGGUCACGCGGAGCAGGUCUCUCAGGAGAUGUACCAGUACGUGGACUGUGGAGGGAACACCACGUCCAUCAAAGGGAUGACCAAACCGUUCAGCCUUCCGCAUCCUGCUGAGUAACCACUGCCCUCCUCACUGGACCCAACUCGGGGUCCUGAAAGCUAAUCUUGAUCCUUGGCUCACUGUGCUUACCACCACUUCCACUGUUUAACUAACUGCUGUUUUCACAACAUCAUGGUGUUUAUUUGAAUACUAAUACUAGAAAAAGAUUGGAAAAAGGUGGCAGCACAGAAGAAAAUAUAUUUAGGGUCUUAUCUCCGUGUUGUUGAGAACCUCAGUUAUUGAAUUUAUGUUCUUACGUGCCACACUACUAAAACCUUGCCCAGACUGAUAUUGGACCGUGUGGAACCCAUUUUGGUCCUGAUGAUGAUCACUUUAUAAAGGUACAUGUGUAAUUUAUUCUCUGUUAAUCAUUGGGGGGGGGGGGGCAUGACUGCGCUUAGUUUUUCUGCCUCACAUGAUCUCUGUUAUUCCACACUGGUCUGAUGUACUUCAGUAAGAGUGUUUAAGACAAAUUUAGCCUGGCUGCGAUUAAUCUAAGCCAUGAUUUGCCAGUUACACUCCAUCAUUAGAGGAGGGAGAUAAAAAACUUUGUUAGAAUAAUGCAAACAGGUUAAAAAAAAAAAAAAACACAUAACGCACUUUAAGUGUCUAAAAUGCACACGUUAUUAUUUUUUCCCGAGUUCUCUAAAGCAGGAGUGUUGUUAGAUCAGGGUAUUCAGAUAAUGCUGCAUAGAAGCCCACGUUGUUCCGUUACCCGACCUUAAGCUGUUCUCACUACGGUAUUCUUCAGUCAAUGCGUUCUUGUUAUUUGUCUCUAACAUACAUUUAGAAAAUCUGCUUACCCACACUACAAUAGAAAUACUUAAUCAAAUUUUUCAUAAAGAGUUUAGACUCAUACACACCGCCACGUAAAAAGCCGCUAUGUGUUGGUUCGCCAGAGUUGCCACAAAGACAGGUCUGGGGAACUUUGACAAAGUACUUGCGUCAUUAAACUUUCCGGUUGUUCACAUCAGAGGAACCCUGUAGACCGUUAGCUUUUUGGAGCUUUUCAGUCGGUCCUGUCUGACGUGGCUGGACACAGCUAACAAAAAGUAUUUUUAAGACCGACUAGUGGGAGAGUGUUCUCUACUUUUUUUAGGAUUCAUCAGCUAGAGUCAGUCUGCCAACUAGUCCUGUGAAUCCCUACAACACUAACAACACUGACCGACUUAUACACUGAGGAGGGAGGCGCCACUAGCUGGCAGCGCAGACAGCAAAAUUCAAGCUCAGGAGCAGGAGGAUUAAGACUUAAGAGAGGACCUUUACCAGUUGUUUCCCCUUCCACUAUUUGUGCUGGACUAGGGUGAGCAUGUAGCACACGAUAUUUCUGAGGGGAUUUGCAGACGAGCAUAUUUCCUUGUAUGUAGUAUUUAACAGAGUGGAAGUCAUCGCUCAAUUUGGUGUUUUAGUCCAUAAGUAAAACGCACAUAAAAAUUCUCCCACACUCUUACGAGUAGAAUCAGGUCAAAAAAGAGCUUUUCACACCUUCGGCUGUUUAGUAUUACUUUGUGGAUGAUUGAAACAACCGAUUUAUUAUCCCAAGUGGCUAUGGGAGAUGAAUUUCAAAAGACUCGAGUAGAAACUUUACAUAUGUUCCUUCUAAUCUCAUACUUUCGCACACUAAAACAUUGUAAAGCAGUAGAGCAGCAACCCCUGCAGGAUAUCACAUAUGUUAUCUUGCUACGUCUUAUGUUAAUAUGAUGGCGUGGAUUAAAACGUUAGAGGCGGACAUGGUCAAACAGGGAGGAGGGUGUUCUUCAGUGACAACUGGAGAUUUAAAUGUCAGCAGUAGUUGUGGUUAGCGUCAAGAGCUCGAAUGUUUUAUCAUAGACUUGUGUCUCAUUUGAUUAUUUUGAAGUUUCUGGUGUGACCAAAUAAAUCUUCCAUAUGAAAUAUAUUGAUAUUAAUCAAUUAGUCUUUGAGUGGUUUAGGAGUUUUAAAACUGAGUUUGUAAACCCUGACAUUACCUGCUAAUCUGAGUCAACCCUCAGCACCGAGCAAGGUCCCAGACAUGAUUUCUCUUCCACUUGUUGGAAGGGGUGAAUUCUUCACCUUUUUUUUAGCAUAACAUUAGCACGACGAAGCCUUUAGGUGCAUCAUAAACAUCUGUGUGUUUUUAUUCAUAUUUUUGUCAUCAUUCAGCUCAGAUUUUUCUGCCAUUUCCCAUUUGCAGCAUUAUAUUCUGCCCUCUCAGUCCUUUUGUUACAGUUUGGUGCAACCUGUGAUUUUUAUUUAUUUAUUUUUGUUCGUCCUCGCUGACUGUUGUUUAUUUGUUGACUGUUGCUGGCUUAUUAAUUGGGAUGUUGUGCACGGUUAUCACCUCCUCAUUCGUACUUGCGUUGGUCUCCCUGGGGGAUUGGUGUUGUAUUUUUCUACCAUAGACAAAAGUACUAUAGAAUCAUAUUUUGUGUAACAUUUGACCUAAUAUAUUUUCCUUUUGAAAUUCAAAAAGGGUGUAUAUUUUUCAUCUUCAGAUACAGUUAAGCACAUUUGCACAAACUCCUCAUGUUUCCACUUUUGACCAUUUCUAUUAACAUAGCUGAACCAGCUACUCUCAUUGUAUCUUCAUGUAAAUACUCAGAAAUUGUCUUUAUAAGAUCUUCAAACGAGCUUCGCUACAUUGGCAAGCUGGACUGCAUUUGUACUUAGUGGGAUUUAAGGAAAUGCACAAUUCUGAUCUAUUGUUAACAUGUUUUUAAUCCCUUUUGUUGUGGGUUUGGAUAGCAGUUGCUAACAUUUAACAUUUCAAAGCUAUUUUAGAGUAGCUGUUACUUUCCUCUUGGAAGAUCAGUCAAAUCUUACCUCUUCGUACUUCUGUUUUCUUCCAAGGUUGUGUUGACAUUAUUUUUAACUGACAUAGUGACUGUGGAUUGUAAUGUGGGAGCAUGAUUAAAGUUUUAAAACCAGA